UCCUGCUCCAUGGGGGGAUUGCACUGCAUGAGCUUUCCAGGGCCCUUCAACCCCUGACAUUCUGUGGUUCUGUCUGAGGUCUUUCUGUUCGGGAGGAAAUGUGAGCAUCAGCAUUUAGUGCAGUGUGUCAUCCUGAGGGAAAACCAAGAUUCCUGGCCUUUGGUGUGUUUUCCCCCAGUAUUAACACUGACAGGGGAUUUGGUAGCAGCUGUCAAAAGAGUUAAUUGUGUUCAUUUGACCAAGACAAAGUGGCGGAAGGAGUUUUGGGUCAUUCUGCUUGUCACUCUGAGUCCAAAGGGUUUGUCUUGUCAGGAAACAGACUAAUGAGAUAUAUUGAAUUCAUAAACCACACAAAGACAGCAUCAAUUAGCUGAAUCAAUUUCUAAAUUGCUGUUUCAGUUGUUACCUUUUUCUUGCCUAGAGAAAGUUCCACAGGCAUUCUGGUUCUGCCAGAAAAUCCUUUGAAUGCUGUUCAGGAGCUUCUGAAAUGGGGGCGAGGACACUUAACUUAUGGUUUUAUUAGGCCUAAGUAAAAGCUGGUAAAGCAAUUUGAUAUUGCAUGUGAGGAAGGUGCAAGUUACCAUAAAUGCAAACCUUUCACAGAUGGCUUGAGAACUGUUAUUGUAACCUGGGUUGGCAGGAGGAAAGUCACUUCUUCCACUCCUGAGCUGGGAGAUGUUUCAGCAAAUUGCCGAUUUACAUUUAAACAGUACCUUCAAAUAUGUAUUGAGUACAACACCCUAUUCUUACAAGUUGAUGUGUUUUACCCGCCGUUUCGCGGAUCCGUAAGGCUCAGCAGCAGCUGGAGCGCUGUAGGGAUGGGAUCCUGGCGCAUCGCAGUAUCGACAGCUUGAUGUGUCUGUGCUCAUCGGCGCUUUCUGAGUUCAGUCCUUGGCAGCUGUGGUGAGCUUGGGCUCCUGACGUGCCACAGAUAAGGAUUCUAUGAACUGUUCCUUGCCCACGCCUCUUGGGCUUUUUAUCUCUGAGUUUUUAUUCCUGUCCCCCACAACUCCUCUUCUAUUGGUUUGAGGUUACUGGAACAUUGUAAUAGAAAAAGCAUUGAUGUGUUUGUGCUGAAUGUAAUCAAGUACACAAUGUCUUCUAAUUACCGCAACUUCCGAAACAACGUGCCAUGGCUAAUCCUUUUUCUGCAAGCUGUUUUCCUCGUCUUCUUUUACUUUUUGUCCUCAGAUGGUGAUACAGACCAAUUGACGAGGUACCCAGCUUUUCAAGAUGUCAACCACAUGGUGAUUUUUGGAUUGGGCUUUUUCCUGACAUUUCUGAAAAGAUAUGGCUUUAGCAGCACUGGAUUCAACCUCCUGAUCAUUGCGCUUGGUGUCCAAUGCUUCGUGCUGAUAGAAGGCUUAUUAGUUUUCUUGCUUCUAAGUGAAGAUGAAGGUAGUCUGACAAGAAUAACAAAGGCCACUAUGAGCAUGACUGCUGUGGUCAUCUCCACUGGAGCUGUUCUCGGGAAGGCUAAUCCUGUGCAAUUAAUUCUGAUGACAAUUGUGGAGAUAAUAGUUUUCCGUAUGAGCAGAUGGAUCAACACCACGUUCCUGGAGGUUCCAGACCAUAUUGGCAUGAUGCACGUUCACCUGUUUGGAGCCUACUUUGGUCUGGCAGUCUCCUCACGCUUCUCUGAGCCGUCACCAAGGUCUGAGAAGAACAUGAGUACCCCUAAGUCGGAUUUAUUGUCAAUGUUGGGUACUCUGUUUCUCUGGGUCUUCUGGCCAAGCUUCAAUUCUGUACUAGUUGUGGAGGAGAAGAGCAAAGCGAUCUGCAACACCUACUUUGCCCUUGCCGUGAGUGCUGUAACCGCCUUCGUGUUGUCUGUUCUGACCACCAAGGAUGGGAAAUUCAGAAUGACUCAUAUCCACAGUGCAGUACUAGCUGGUGGGGUCGCUAUUGGUUAUACAGCGAGCAGUAUUGAGUAUCCUUGGAUUGCCAUGAUUUUGGGUCUGCUGGCCAGUGUGAUAACCAUAUUAGGAUCCUACUGCAUACAGUGGUGCUUCAAUCCUGCUCUCAAGAUUCAUGAUACCUCUGGAGUUCAUUUCAUUUUUGGCUUGCCCGGUGUUCUGGGAGCUCUUGCCCAGGUCAUCCUCUUCCUAAUAAACAACUGGUCUACUUUACCAAGUCUGGGUUAUUUGGUCACAAUUUGCAUCGGUGCCUUCUGCCUGACCAUUGGUGCUGCCUUGAUAACGGGUUUGAUUACAGGUUUCAUUUUAAACCUCAAACUGUUUAAGACCACCCCUGUAUCAAAGUACUUUGAAGACCAGUUUUAUUGGGAGUUUCCACAUUUGGCUGUUGGAUUUUGAACGGAGGAACCCAGAUGACAGAUGUGAUCAAGAUAAGCUUUUCAUGUUUGUCACUAGAUGAAAUUAAUAGCUAUGAUAAGUUGAAAGACCACUUAAAUAUCAGUUCUCAGGGGCAAGAAAGCCAUCCCAAUGGACACACAAAAAAUCAGCAAUCAAGCUGAAUUAGUUCUGGUGAAGGCCUCAUUAAGGAAGGAUUUGAUGAGGGAGCUGGAUCAGGGCCUGAACUCUGCGUCUUGCCAGGCUGAACCCCGACUUAUCUGACUGCUUGAAGAAAACCUAUUGUUACUUGGCUCGGGUUCCCUCUUUGGAAGUUCAAAGGGCAAGAAGUUAAAAUUGUUCUUCCUAUGGAUGGUGCCCCUGAAGUAGAAUCAUACAAUUGUUUAGUUGGAAAAGACCUUUAAGAUGAUUGAGUCCAACUGUUUUGUUAACCCAACACCGCCAAGUCCAGCUCUAACGCGUGUCCCUGAGAACCUCAUCUCCGCAGCUUUUAAACCCCUCCAGGGCGGAGGAUUCUGUGAUCCUCAGUGUUUCUUCUUUGUUUCCAAAUAGUUGACAUAGAAAAGCUCUUGCAAAAAUGCUUGCAUAAUAAAUAAGUCAAAAUGUGA